AUGUACAACCCAUAUCAAGCACCGGGCUCUUAUGCGCCGCCAGGUGGCUAUGGGGGAUUCCCAGGAGCCCCUGGAAUGGCACCUCCGCCAGGCAUGGCUGCACCCGGCACAGGCGCACCGCCAGGCAUGCAACAAGCAGAGACGCCGACGGACGGCCGAGGAGGUUUCCCUCCGAACUUUCAACCGCCAGCGAACAUGCCAAACAUCAACUUCUCCGCGCCCGUGAUACGACUGGGCACCUCACAACCAGCAAAGUCUUCAUUACUGGAUGGACGAGAAGACAGGGGUGGCAGAAGGGCAGGUCUAGGCUCUGGUACGGACGGCCGACAGGAUAGAGGAGGCUUGACGCCCGUGCAGCCGCAGACACGAGAAGAGGUAAUCAAGACAGUCUUCAUCGGCGGCAUCACCGAAGGCUGCGGCGGAGACGAAGGCAUCGAGCGCAUACUCAGAUCGGCGGGCAACCUCAAGAGAUGGGUCAGAGCUAUGGACGCGCAGGAUAAGCCCUGCAAAUUUGGCUUUGCUGAGUACGAGGAUCCAGAAAGCUUGAAUACAGCAAUCGAGACAUUGAGGGACGUGCGAGUACCGGUCAAGAGGCAGGUUCCCAAGGAGACCGUAAAACAGGAGAACGGCAUCAAGAAAGAGGAAGAGAACGGCAUCAAGAAGGAAGAGGAGGAAGGCGAGCAGGACGAGAAUCACGUUGAAAAAUCACUACUUCUCGUUGUCGCCGACGAAAACUCCCGGGCGUACAUCGAGCAAUACGAGGAAAAUAUUGGUGGCGUGGAUGAAGACAGCAGACAAAUGCGUCUCGACCAUGCCAGAACAGCGCUAAACGCUGUUCUGAAUGAUCUGGCCCAUCCAUCAGUCGACCAGCCCAAGGACGAAAUGUCUGGCCUUGACAGAGAUGGUGACGUGGACAUGAGCAACGGAGUGGACGCCAAUGGAGAAGCCAUCAUCACGAUACCCAUAUCUGCAGACGAUGAGCUGUCAGAUAUUCCCGCUGAGAUGCGAGAAACAGUCGCCAAAGAGAUUGCCUCGUUCAGAGAUCGCAGCAACCGACGAGAUCUGGAGCGACUGCAAAGAGAGGAAGAGUUCGAGAGGCAAGAGCGCAAUCGUUCUUCGAUAAACGGCAGUGGUCGACCAUCUAGACUUGGCUCUCCGCCACCUUCAUCCGCCCCAUCUGGUCCUGGCGGCGCAAAUGGCAUUCCAUCCGGCCCGCGGGAUCGUGCCUCUGGUCUCAAUGCUCCCUCAGGACCCAAACAAAUGACCGGCGUACAAAUCCCACGCGACUAUCAGAAGGGCGUCACCUUCGUCAACGGCACGGGCAUUUCCACCGCAGCCAACUUCGACGAAUCCGACACCGAUGCAUCGGACGCUGAACUCGAACGCCGACGCACCUACCUCGACCAAGAACGCCGCUGGCUCAACCGCGAGCGCUCACGAACCGCGGCCGUAGAGCGCGAAAAAGCCCGCGACGAGGAAGAAGCAUCCAAACUGGAAGAAGAAAAGCAAGCCAUGGCUGCGCGAUUACGAGAAUUCGACGACGAAAAGGAAGCCGUUCGCGGCGCUGAUGACUACUACGCCGACCACAGCGCGUGGAUGCGCAAACGAAGCGCUUUCCGCGAGCGAGAACGGAUGCACGACGAAGCCGACCGAGCCGCUGAGCGCCGCGAGCGAGAAUGGGAGAACAGACAACAGCGUGACCGCUCAGGCAGAGACUCGUCCGACGCAUAUGCUAACUCCAUGGACCGCGAUCGCGGCGACAGAGACGACUACGACCGCUCACGCCAACACCCCGACCGAAGACACGACAAUGGCGACCUCAUCGACGACCGACGAAGACCAGAACCCCCGUCCGCCACAACACCCACCGCCCCAACCCAACCAGCACGCUUCAAACUCUCCCUCGGCGCCGCCGCCCAACGCCAAGCCACCGAAAAGGAAAAGAACAAACGCACCGUCGCCGAAGUCGAAGGCCUCCUCGACGACUCCGAAGCCACAGAGUCCACGAAACGCGAACUCGUCAAGAUAGACCUUGGCCCGGUCCCUACUGGUCCCUCUGCUGAUUCCGAGGGCGCGAGCAUGACGCCCGAACAGCGCGCCGCUGCUGCGAAGGCGCUGGCGCAAGAGAUUCCGAAUGAUAAGGAGGGCCUGUGGGCUUGGGAGGUCAAGUGGGAGUUCUUGGACGAGGAAGGGGUGAUUGAGGAGCGGCUGAAGCCGUUUGUGGAGAAGAAGAUUGUUGAGUAUCUGGGAGUGCAGGAGCAGAUGUUGGUUGAUGUUGUGGUGGAGGGGUUGAGGGGACGGAAGGGGGCGGGGGAGUUGGUUGGGGAGUUGGAGGGUGCACUCGACGAAGAAGCAGAACAGCUGGUCAAGAAGUUGUGGCGGAUGGUCAUAUUUUUCUCGGAGAGCGAGAAGCGUGGGUUGAGUGCCUAG